AUGAUUUCAUCAGACAGUGAUAAUUUAUCUCCGACAUCAAAUAAAAUCAAUUUGAAAGGAUCACUACUUGUGAUAAUCGGCGAUCUUCAGGCAUUAGCAUGGAUACAUGGUUUCAAAUGUGGAUUUAAACAUGCUUUGAUGCCAUGGUUUUUAUGUAAUACAACAAAAGAAAAACUUGAACACAUUUUAACAAUCGAUGAGUGUGACCAUCGAUCAAUGAAUGAAUAUUUAUUACAAUGUGAUAAAUUAGAUAAUCCACAAUACAACAAGAAUAUAUGGAUUUAUCAAAAGAAUCUGGAAUUAAUCAUCGAUCUAUUUCUACGUACAUCAAUGGUUUUAACAUUUUUGCACAAACUGCAAUAG